UAUAUAACAUAACUUAGUUAUCGAAUAAUUUUUUUAGCUAUAUAUGUCCAUUAUUAAAUUGCUAGACCUGGUGCAAAGGUCCGAAACUAUUUUUAUAUUAUUAAAAAAGGAGUGGGAAAGAAGAGUGGAAGACAGACUACAACUUAGCCCAGCAGUUGAAGAUUGAAGAGGAUUUGCGUACUGUCCCACUGUUACAGGCUGGUAUCCUGUUGCCGUCGCCACCGCCACGUUACAUUGCAUCUCUCCUCUCCCUUCCAACCACCCAACCGCUACCACACCACCCUUGCCUACUUACCUUGCCCGCCACACACCAACGCGCGCGUUCCUCGCUAGCUUGACCCAUCAUUCCCUUCACCGCCAAGUUCCUCGGCAGAAAGUGCUUAGCCUGUAGCUAGCAAUGGCGCAGCUGCUGGCGUGCUUCCGCCGCAGGGGCGGUGCGACGGCCUCGGCGCCGGACGAGGCGGCGGAGGACCAGCAGCAGGCAGCGCCGGGCCCGGUGCUGGUGGAGCUGUUCUCGUCGCAGGGGUGCGCGACGUCGCCCGAGGCGGACGCCGUGGCGGCGCGGCUUGCGCAGGACUCCACCGGCGAGGGCGCGGUGGUGGUGCUGGGCUUCCACGUCGAUUACUGGGACUACCGCGGGUGGAAGGACCCCUUUGCGUCCAGCGCCUGGACCGUGCGCCAGAAGGCCUACGUGGAGGCGCUCCGCCUCGACACGCUCUUCACGCCGCAGGUCGUCGUGCAGGGCCGCGCGCACUGCGUCGGCACCGAGCAGGACGCGCUCGCGCAGGCCGUCCGCGACGCGCCGCGGUACCCCGCCCCCGCCAUGAAGGUGACGUUCCAGAGGCCGAACCCGACGACGCUGCAGGCGUCCUUCACCGGCUCCCUGCGCAGCCGGGUGGAGGGACCAGGCGGCGCGAGCGUGCUGGUGGCGCUGUACGAGAACGGCCUGGUGACCGACUGCGGGCGCGGCGAGAACAAGGGCAAGUCGCUGCUGAACGACCACGUGGUGCGGCGGCUGGAGAAGGUGGCGGCCGUGCGCGAGGGCGCCUCGGCGAGGAAGACCGUGUCCGGGACCGUGCAGUUCCCGCUCUGGGACGGGUUCCGCGCCACCAGGUGCGGCCUCGCGCUCUUCGUCCAGAACGCCGCGCUGCAGGUGCUCGGCGUCCAGCACUUCGACCUGCCCGACAACGUGUGAGCCGUACGUGAGGCGUUGUGUCCGUCUCACCUUCUCUUCCGAGAGUGCGCUCCGUUUGUAUCGUGCUGGGGUGCGUGCGUGUGAUAUUCUUUGUACGUAGAGUUUGAUUGGCGUGUGUAAUGUAGCAGUAGGAGAUUACUGUAGUGGAGUGCGGGUGCACGGGAACCUGGAUUUUUUUUUUUAAUCUUUUCUGCAUGUUGGUAUGGACGUUCCGCUUCUGUAUGAGAGAGACUGUUUUGUA